ACGCCGCGUGGGAGAGGUGAAGCGCCUGCGCGCGUCGAGUGCCUGCUGUUCAGCGCCACCUUAUUGGCCUCUCAACAUAUGUGCCCAGGCGCGUGUGGAUGUGGCUGUGGCUGGCCGGGCCCUGCGCAAGGCGAGCGAGUGUGAGGCGGCUGAGAGACGGUUGCGACGAGCGCAGCCAUGGGCAAGAAGCAGAAGAACAAGAGCGAGGACAGUGCCAAGGAUGACAUUGAUGUUGAUGCUCUUGCUGCUGAAAUAGAGGGUGCAGGUGCUGCCAAAGAACUAGAGCCUCAAAAGUCUAAAAGCAAGAAGAAAAAGGAAAAGAAGAAACAAGAAUAUGAUGAAGAUGAUAUCUUGAAAGAGUUGGAAGAGCUGUCUUUAGAGACGCAAGGAGGAAAAGCUGAAAGAGAACCAGCUUCAAUAAAGAUAGAGAAUGACAGUGAAGAAAUCAGCUUUUCAAAACAAGAUAAAAAAAAGAAAAAGAACAAAAAAUCCAACUUGGAUGAUGAUUAUGACAGUGAAGAAAUGGAGGACAAAGAGACAAAGUCUAAGAAGGCCCAAAAACCUAAAAAGGAAGCUCCAUCUGGCAGUGAUGAUGAUGACAAUGAUGCAUUCCUUAAGAAAAGGAAAGGAAAAGCUCAAAAAUCAAAUAAGAAGCAGGAGCUUUCUGAAGAUGAUGACAUUAUUGUUAAGAAAAGUAAAGAACGUACACAAGCAGCAUCUUCCGGAGAGAGUGGUGAUGAGUUGGAUGAAGGCUCAGAAUCAAAAAAAGGGCAAAAGAAAAGUCAAAAGGCAAAGGCAGCAGCUGAGGCUGAAAGUGGUGAUGAAGAAGAGGAAUCUUCAUUCAAAAUAAAAACCGUAGCUCAGAAAAAGGCAGAGAAAAAAGAACGAGAGAGAAAAAAGCGUGAGGAGGAGAAAGCCAGACUGAGGAAACAGAAGGAAAAAGAAGAUUUGGAGGCCGGUAAAGAACAGGCAAAGCAAAAGGAGGCCCCCAAGAAGAUUGAUAAAGGAGCAACUUCUGAAGUGGUGCCAGCUUCUAUUACUGUGGAGAAGGGAGAGGGUUCUGUAGUAGCAGAAGCUGAUGACAAUGAAGGGGAGAAAAAGAAGAAAGAGAAAGAUAAAAAGAAAAAGAAAGGAGAAAAAGAAGAAAAAGAAAAAGAGAAGAAAAAGGGUCCAAGUAAGGCCACUGUUAAAGCAAUGCAAGAAGCCUUAGCUAAGCUGAAGGAGGAGGAGGAAAGAGCAAAGCGAGAGGAAGAAGAGCGUAUAAGACGACUCGAGGAGCUAGAAGCCAAGCGCAAGGAAGAGGAACGCUUAGAACAAGAAAGAAAGGAAAGGAAGAAACAGAAAGAAAAAGAGAGGAAAGAACGCUUGAAAAAGGAGGGAAAGCUUUUAACUAAGGCUCAGAGAGAAGCUAGAGCCAGAGCAGAGGCUACUCUUAAAUUACUGCAAGCUCAGGGUGUUGAGGUGCCAUCCAAAGAUUCUGUGCCAAAGAAAAAGCCAAUAUAUGAAGACAAGAAGAAGAAGAAGCAGCAGCAGCAACAGGAAAACAAAGAAGAAAUUAUGGAAUUGACUUCCCCGACUGAAGAAGCUGUAGAACCAGUUACACCAGUAAAAGAGGAGAUUACGCUCCCAUCAGAACCAGUUUCAGAAGAAAAAGAGGAAGAGGAACCGGAAGACACAGGAUUAGAUGAUUGGGAAGCUAUGGUCAGUGAUGAAGAACGGGAGAAGGAGAGAAAAACUGUCCACAUUGAAGUCAAGGAACAAAAUGAUGAGGAUGAAGAUGAAGAUGAUGAAGAGGAAGAUGAGAGUGAAGAAUUUGAGGAUGGAGAAAGCGAGGGAAGUGAAGAUGAAGAUGAGAAGACUUCAGAUGAAAGGGAAGCAGAAUCACAAGCUGCUGGAAAACAAUCUGUAGAGAAAAAGUUAAACAAAGAAGUAAGCUCAGAUUCAGAAUAUUAUUCAGAUGAUGAUCGCACUAAAGAAGAACGUUCUUAUGACAAAGCUAAAAGGCGAAUCGAGAAACGCCGUGUUGAAAACAAUAAAAAUACAAAUUAUGAAAAGCUAAGAGCACCUGUUAUCUGUGUCCUUGGACAUGUAGAUACAGGAAAGACGAAAAUCCUGGAUAAGCUCCGUCAUACUCAUGUGCAAGACAGUGAAGCAGGUGGUAUCACUCAGCAGAUUGGGGCAACUAAUGUUCCUCUUGAAGCCAUUAAUGAACAAGCAAAGAUGGUGAGGAGUUUUGACAGAGAGACUGUCAAGAUUCCAGGAAUGUUGAUUAUUGAUACUCCAGGACACGAGUCUUUCAGCAAUCUUCGGAAUCGAGGAAGUUCUCUUUGUGACAUUGCAAUUCUUGUAGUUGAUAUUAUGCAUGGUUUGGAGCCACAGACAAUUGAAUCCAUAAACCUGCUGAAAUCUAAAAAAUGUCCUUUUAUAGUUGCACUCAACAAGAUUGAUAGGUUAUAUGACUGGAAAAAGAGUCCAGAUACAGAUGUAGCUGCCACUUUGAAGAAGCAGAAAAAAAACACCAGGGAUGAAUUUGAGGAGCGUGCAAAAGCUACCAUUGUGGAGUUUGCACAGCAGGGCCUGAAUGCUGCCUUGUAUUAUGAGAAUAAGGAUCCCCGCACAUUUGUUUCUUUGGUACCUACCUCUGCACACACUGGAGAUGGCAUGGGAAGUCUAAUAGCUCUUCUUGUUGAGUUAACACAAACCAUGUUAAACAAGAGACUGGCACACUGUGAAGAGCUAAGAGCUCAAGUUAUGGAGGUCAAAGCGCUCCCUGGUAUGGGUACUACUAUAGAUGUUAUUCUAAUUAAUGGACGCUUGAGAGAAGGAGAUACCAUUAUUGUCCCUGGAGUUGAAGGUCCUAUAGUAACACAGAUAAGAGGUCUUCUGCUACCUCCUCCCAUGAAAGAACUACGAGUGAAGAACCAGUAUGAAAAACAUAAAGAAGUUGUUGCUGCCCAAGGAGUAAAGAUCCUUGGAAAGGACUUGGAGAAAACAUUGGCUGGUUUACCCUUGCUUGUAGCCUACAAAGAUGAUGAAAUUCCAGUUCUUAAGGAUGAAUUAAUACAUGAAUUGAAGCAAACACUGAAUGCCAUAAAGUUAGAAGAAAAAGGUGUUUAUGUCCAGGCAUCUACUCUGGGUUCUUUGGAGGCAUUACUUGAAUUUCUGAAAACAUCAGAAGUACCAUACGCUGGAAUUAAUAUAGGCCCUGUCCAUAAAAAAGAUGUUAUGAAGGCAUCAGUUAUGUUGGAGCAUGAUCCUCAGUAUGCUGUAAUUCUGGCAUUUGAUGUGCGAGUUGAACGAGAAGCCCAGGAAAUGGCUGACAGUUUAGGAGUUAGAGUCUUUAGUGCAGAAAUUAUCUAUCACUUAUUUGAUGCCUUCACAAAAUACAGGCAAGACUACAAAAAGCAGAAGCAGGAAGAAUUCAAGCAUAUAGCAGUAUUCCCUUGCAAGAUGAAAAUACUUCCUCAGUUCAUUUUUAAUUCUCGAGAUCCCAUAGUAAUGGGAGUCGUUGUGGAAGCAGGUCAAGUAAAACAAGGAACUCCCAUGUGUGUACCUAGUAAAAAUUUCAUUGAUAUUGGAAUAGUUACAAGUAUUGAAAUUCAUCACAAACCAGUGGAUGUUGCAAAAAAAGGCCAAGAAGUUUGUGUGAAAAUAGAACCGAUUCCUGGUGAGGCACCGAAAAUGUAUGGGCGACAUUUUGAAGCAACGGAUAUACUUGUCAGCAAAAUUAGUCGUCAGUCCAUUGAUGCCCUGAAGGACUGGUUCAGAGAUGAAAUGCAAAAGUCUGACUGGCAGCUUAUUGUGGAGCUAAAGAAAGUAUUUGAAAUAAUCUAAGUUCUGUUAAGCAAUGGGCAGGCUGGCAUAAACCCACAAUUCCUAUUAUAAAAACCAACAGCUUAUAAUGAAUAUACUGUUGGAUUUAAUUAACAACUGGGGGGAAAUAUGUGGAUAAAAUGUUUUCCAUGAGAAACCAAGUAACUUACACUGGUUUGACAGUGGUCAGUUUACAUGUCCCUGUGGUUCCAAUGUGCCUGUGCACCUUCCUCACUGUCGUCCUCUUUAUACUGGCUAUUGUUUUAAAGUUUGCCCUUUGCAGCUCACAUCCCCCAAAUGAAAAAGUAAAUUUUUAUUACAAAGCUCAACUUUCACUUUUAUACUGGUGAAAUCAAUACUGCAGUAUGUGACUAACCAAACUCCUGCAGAUUUUGAUGCUUGGACUUCUUUUGAUGUAAAAUGUUUAUUUAUGCAUACCUCUCCCCGCCCCCUUGAUUUUUCAACAUUCUUCUGCUUUGUGCCUAUAGGAAUUUUUUAAGAUAGAAGAAUUAGGUGAUUGGGUAUCUGUACCUGCUUUGUGUGAAACAAUGAUGUAAAGCAUAGUUGGCUGCCUUUUAUUGCUUGUACAGUUUAUGAAAUUGGACAAACUGUAAUAAUGCUGAACUGCAAAUAAAGAAAAUGGAUACUGUC